AUGACGCUGCGCGAUCGCGUCGGCCUCGGGAUCGGCGUCGGCGCGCCGUCCUGCCCCCCCGGCGACGCGCUCACGUCGCCGCGGCGCGUCUCUCUCUUCGGCACGACGUCGCGCGUUCUCGCGAAAGACCCCUUCGAAGCGCCGCGAAGGCUCGCGCCGUCGCCGCGGAAGCGACCCGCGCGCGACGACGCGCGCGCGACGACCGACGCCGAGGCCGCCGCCGCCGCCGACGACGCGUCGGUCGCGCCGCGGAAGCUCCCCCGACGCGCGCGCGUCCUCGACCCCGAAGACGCGCGCGCGUCCUCGCUCUCCCUUCUCUCCCCCGGCGAGAACGCCGCCGCAGCCGCCGCCGCCGCCGCCGAGAGGAAGGACGAGUGUCUAGAAGACGACGACGAAGAAGAAGACGCCGACGCAGACGACGCGAAGUCGCCGCCGCCGCUGUCGUGCGUCACGAUGCCGCCGGCGCCGUCCACGGCGGAGUCGUCCACCGCGGACGCGUCCGGCGGCGGCGGCGGCGGCGGCGGCGGCGGCGGCGCGAGACUGGCGGACGCGUUCUCCGCGAUACAGCUCCUCACCCCGGUGUCCGGCGCGGGCGAGGGCGGGAGGUCGCGGGCGCUGUCCUCGCGGCUCGACGCGGCGUGGGAUCUCUAG